GUCUCCGUUGGAACACCAAUCUCUCUUUGUCUGGCGUAGAGGCGAAGGCAAAAGCGCCGCGUGUAAUAGCCUUCAAUGGCUUUUCAGCGGCGGCGCUACAAUUACUACAACCGUCUCCGUCGUCUCCUCCCUUUAAUUUGCGCCGUCUCUGGAGCUCUCCUUAUCCUCUUCGCUCUCCUCUCCAUUCUUUCCCCUCCUCCUGAUGAUUCCGAUCGCCGCAUCUCCAAGCAGAUUCACUAUGGAGCCAAUGAUGAGAAGAAGAACAUACCAGUGGUUUUCACAGUUCCGAGAGGUGGAGGGAAAUUGGAUCGUGAUAUCUGGCGUUCAUGGAAUGCUGAAUUCUUUCAUGGUUGUUGUAACGCAAGCACCAAGUUCCCAAAUGCUAAAGCAAUUACUAGAAAUGAUCGAUACUUGGCGAUUGCCACUAGUGGUGGUUUAAACCAACAACGGACUGGAAUUGUAGAUGCUGUUGUUGCUGCACGGAUUCUAAACGCUACGCUUGUUAUUCCGAAGUUGGACCAGAAAUCCUACUGGAAAGAUGCCAGUGACUUCUCAAACAUUUUCGAUGUCGAUUGGUUUAUGUCAUUUCUCUCCAAAGAUGUCAAAAUCAUUGAGAAACUUCCACAGAAAGGAGGGCAAACAUGGAGCCCUCGCAGAAUGCGUGUACCGAGAAAAUGCAAUGAGAAAUGCUAUAUCAAUCGGGUGUUACCUGUUCUUCACAAAAGGCAUGCAGUUGAAUUGAAUAGAUUUGAUUACAGACUCUCAAACAAGUUGAGAGAUGAUCUGCAGAAGCUGAGGUGUAGAGUAAAUUAUCAUGCGCUUAAGUUCACUGAUCCAAUUCUUGAAAUGGGUAACAAAUUGGUCCGAAGAAUGCGGAAAAAGAGCAAGCACUUCAUUGCUUUACAUCUAAGGUUUGAACCUGAUAUGCUCGCCUUCUCUGGAUGUUACUAUGGUGGUGGUGAGAAGGAGAAGAAAGAGUUAGGAACAAUCAGAAGGAGAUGGAAAACUUUACAUGUAAAUAACCCCGAAAAGCAAAGGCGACAAGGAAGAUGUCCGCUAACACCAGAAGAAGUUGGAUUAAUGCUUAGAGCUUUGGGAUAUGGAAGUGAUGUUCAUAUAUAUGUUGCAUCAGGUGAAGUAUAUGGAGGAGAAAAAUCAUUGGCUCCUUUGAAAGCACUUUUCCCACAUUUCUAUUCAAAAGACACCAUCGCUACAAAAAUGGAGUUAAAACCAUUUUCUUCUUAUUCUUCACGAAUGGCUGCACUUGAUUUCCUUGUGUGUGAUGAAAGCGAUGUUUUCGUUACCAACAAUAACGGAAACAUGGCGAGAAUAUUAGCCGGUCGAAGGAGAUAUUUUGGACAUAAACCGACAAUUAGGCCAAAUGCGAAAAAGCUAUACAAGUUGUUUAUGAGCAAAGAGAAUACUACUUGGGAGGAGUUUGCUUCAAGAGUCAGAACAUUUCAGAGAGGAUUCAUGGGAGAGCCAAAGGAAGUAAGAGCCGGAAGAGGUGAGUUUCAUGAGAAUCCAGCAGCUUGUAUAUGCGAAGAUACCGAUGCUAAGGCAAAGGCAGGAAAGAUGGAUUCGAGAAAACUUGGGAAGAAAAACAAAAAAGAUGAUGAACAGAAUGAAGAUGAAGAUGCAGAGUCGUCAGAGACAGAUUAUGAGGAAGACCAAACUGAUUUACAGGACAGAGGAUUGUAUAAUGGUACGAGGUUAGAUUAUGAUGAUGCAUUAUCUGUUUCAGAAGAGCCUGAGCUAGAAGAAAUGCUAUCAGAUUGAUUCAGUUAAAAGAAGGAUUCAAAAUCCACUUUUUAUUGUGGUCAUAUACCUCAUCAAUAUCUUCUGUACAUAGAAAUCCAAUCCGAGAAAGAGUGACCCCUUUUUCCAGUUCAUUUUCUU